GCAUGCGCGGUGUCUGGCUGCGGCCCGGAGGGAGCGCAGCUUUCAAACGGCGGGGGAGGAAGAGGAGGCGCCGGGCCUGGCGGGACGGGCCGCCCCCCAGAUUAACGUAGAAAGGAACGUGGCGCUCUCGAUUUGGAAAGGAGGAGGAAGCGACCUCGGGACUUCGGGAAAUGGACGAGGCGGCCGUGCGCCUCUGGGUGAAAACGGAACCUUUCGUCGUGGGGACGCUGGCGAUCCCGCCUCCCGCCAGGUUCGGCCUUCGCUACCUCCGGAGGGUCUCCGCCUACGCGCGGACCCGGGCGGGCGAGGGCGGCUUCCCGCGUCUCUCCUGGCCCGCGUGGCGCCGGAUCGCCUGUGGGAAGCUGCAGGUGGGCCGGGACCUGGCCUGGCUUUAUUUUGAAAUGUUCGACGGUCUGGUGCCGAGGUCCCCGGAAGAACGUCUGGAGCGGGCGGAGGUGGAGUCCGGCUGCGCGUCCGAAGACGAGCUGGAGAAGCAGAGGGAUAAGCUUUCGGUCGACACCCUGCAGUUCCUGCUGUUUCUGUUCAUUCAGCAGUUAAAUAAAAUUUCUUUGAGGACAUCUCUGAUCGGAGAAGAGUGGCCAUGUCCCAGAAGCACAGUUCAAUCCCCUGACCUAAUUGGAAGAUCAAACGGUCGUAAUAAGAACUGGAAUGACUGCAGCCAUCGAGAGUUCGUCCGGAACCACCUGUCGGAUAUGCUGGAGCUGCUCCUGGAUCCCGACCAGCUGAGCGCCUCCGCCCACUGCGCCCAGACCGGUCGGGUCUCUCCGGAAGCGGUCCGGGCCCUGAGCUUCCUCAUCGAGGGGACGGUGGGCCAAGCCGGGAAGAUCUACUCCCUCCACGAGCUCGCCCUGUGGUCUCCGCUGCAGGCGGAGAGCGGCUUCUCCAAGAGGACCGAGACCUUCUCCUUCGCCAAGCUCGAGACCUGGCUGCGCGCCUGCCUGACGGGGAACCCUUUCGGCAUUUCCGCCUGUCUCAGGUCUGGAAAGAAACUGGCCUGGGCUCAGCAAGUCGAAGGAGCUACCAAGAGAGCCAGGAUUGCCUGCAGUGCCCGUGCGGUUCCCAAGGUGCCGCGGAUGGUGGUGAUGAGUCAGGUGUACAAACAGACGUUAGCCAAGAGCUCCGAUACCCUCGUCGGGGCACACGUGAAGAUCCACCGCUGCAACGAGUCUUUUAUAUACCUGCUCUCCCCUUUACGAUCCGUCACCAUCGAGAAGUGCAGGAAUAGCACCUUCGUCCUGGGCCCCGUGGAGACGGCCGUCCACCUUCACGGCUGCGACGACGUCAGAGUCAUCGCCGUCUGCCGUCGCCUGUCCGUCUCUUCCACGACGGACUGCACCUUUCACAUCCUCACCCCGACGCGGCCCCUCAUCCUCGCGGGUAACCGGGGCGUGACCUUCGCCCCUUUCCACACCCACUACCCCAUGCUGGAAGACCACAUGGGCAGGACGGGCCUCGCCACGCUGCCCAACCGCUGGGACCGCCCAAUGACCGUCUGCCGAGAGAACGGCCAGGACGGCGCCGGGGACUUCCGACUCCUAGCUCCCAGUGAGUUCUACGUGUUCGUCGUUCCCUUCGAGAUGGAAGGGGACACGACCGAGAUCCCGGGCGGCCUGCCGCCGGCCUAUCAGAAGGCCCUGGGUCAGCGCGAACGACAGAUCCGGAUUUGGCAGAAAAUGGUGAAGGAGGCGGGACUGACAAAGGAUCAAAGAAAGGAGUUCCAGGUGCUGGUGGAGAACAAGUUUAACGAAUGGCUGAUCGACACAGGACAUCGGCAGCAACUGGACAGCCUCGUGCCCCCCGAGGCAGUUUCUAAGCAAGCGGCGGGAUAGAAAUCAGGGUCCCGGCCACAAGAUUAUGAGCCGAAGAUGGCACUCGUCGGGCGACUUAAAACCUUAACCGACCGGGAACGUUGGCGCUCUGGCAAGUGCCUUGAAAAAGCUUGAUUUUUUUGGCUCCGGAGUCAGUUGGAGUCUCUUGUUCUAUCUGAGAUCUUCACUGCCGGCCUCUCCGCGGAACGCUUCUCGCCGUAUGCACCGCCUACGAGCUAAGACAGCCAGAUGAAGAAGCUCUGCUGGGAGAGUGAUCAUCUUUGGGACCGAGACGGUGGCCGAGACUCCUCUGGGUUUCCGCGGGGCCUCAAACGUCUUUCUGAGCCUUUCGCCUAUCUCCAGACGGAACGGGGCGGCAUGGAGAGAAAGUUUCCGUGUCCUCUGGAUCGAAACAAGAAUUGGGUUCGCACCUCGGUUUUUAUACCGAAGCUUACUGCGUCCUUUUAAGAAGAAGCAUUGAAAUAUAAUUUUUUGAAAUAUAAUUGUCGUGGUUUUUUCUCCCUAUCAAGUCGAAAUAUUUUUAUAGAGAGAGGUUGUUUGAGCACUUAACCUAUAUUUCGUGAAAUUGGACGGACGUAUCAUUUGUUUUCCGUCGUUUGCUGCUAGGUUUCAAUAAAAUAGAAUUCUAAGA